UACAUAUCUGUUUAUUGAUUUGCUUUCUGCGGUGAGGGGUAGCGCGGUCCUGCAGUCACACACAGGCUGGCCUAAGGCUGUGAGUUGCAGACUGGCAGCGGUGCUGAAAUCAAGCACAGAACUCAAAAAAUAACACAUAAGUGCCUGCAGAACGCAGCAGGACGGAGUUACAGGCGCUGGCAGUUACCCAAAGUUACAGAAGUGCUGCGGCACGUCUGGGAUGAUAAUGAAAAGUAGCAGCCCCAAAAUAAUGAAGUGAUUAAAAAAAAUUGCCUUAUUGCUGUGAAAAGAGAGCAGAGAAGUGAGAAAGCUGAGCUACUGCAAAAUGCUGAGUGGGGAAAUGUUGUCAAAACAUCCCAAAACUGCAUCAAAAACUUUGCUGUCCAUGGUGGAAGCAAAAGGAAUACUUUUGUCACCUCAGCAGGCUUUGUCAUCGGGCCCAUAUCAGGACAGGACUGGAAGUCAGCUAGACUUUUGAACAGGCUUCACAUUUCCAAAAGCAUGGGGUACUUUCUUAUUAUGCUUUUACAACUUAAUCCUAUAAUUUUGUUUGAGCUACAACUGUUUGUUUCUAUCCUGCCUUACAAAGCAAAAGAAAGGAAAUAAAGAUUUUGCUGGCUCCCUCCGGAUGAACAGCAACAGUAAACUCACAGACUUCCUCUCAACUGCCAUCCACAUUCUUCUGACAUCCAGGAGAAAGUGCUGACAGGCCGCUUUUCCCCAGACACAGACAGUGGUUGCAGCGUGGCCGCCUCCUCCUCACUAGAGGUUCUCAAAAAAUGGCAGAACUGAUCAGAAAUCUUGUCAGGACUUUUUUCCUCCCUGUGUUCUCCACUGUUACUAAAGUCAGACUUUUCUUUUUUAGGCUUAAAUACAAAGUGAAGAAGAAUGUCAAUAGUCACAGUUCAGCUUGGUCAGUGUGGGAAUCAGAUUGGUCAUGAGGUGUUUAACGCUAUCUGCAGCGAUGUCCACGACACACAUGGGUUGUGUUCCAAGAAGGAGAAUGAAUCCUACCGUGAUGCUUGCAAAGAACGUUUUUUCUGCGAGGAGCAAUCUGAAGUACCUGUUGCCCGGGCUGUGCUUGUUGACAUGGAACCUAAAGUAAUCAGCCAAACCUUAUCAAUGGCUGCCAGGUCUGGCUACUGGAAAUAUGAUGAUGGGUCACACUUCUGUCAGAAGCAAGGGUCUGGGAACAACUGGGCAAAUGGUUAUUCUGUUCAUGGGCCUAGACACAAAGAAGUAAUAAUGAAUCUGGUGCAAAAAGAAGCAGAGAAAUGUGAUCGACUCGGUGGAUUUUUCACAAUCAUGAGCAUGGCUGGUGGUACAGGGUCUGGCUUGGGAGCGUUUGUGACCCAGUGUUUAAGAGAUGCUUUUCCAGCCUCAUUUCUGCUAAACCAUGUUAUCUGGCCCUACGGCACUGGUGAGGUUAUUGUUCAAAACUACAACUCUGUUUUGACUCUCUCACAUCUGUACAAGUCAUCAGAUGCCCUUCUUGUUCAUGAGAAUGAUGUUGUCCACAAGAUCUGUGCUCAGCUGAUGAACAUUAAACAGAUCUCCUUCAGGGAUAUAAAUCAAGUCAUUGCACAUCAACUGGGGAGUGUUUUCCAGCCCACUUACACAGCAGAAGGUGGCUUGCACUACAGCAGAAACCCACUAGGAGACUUAAUGGAGACGUUAGUUCCACAUCCUGAAUUCAAGAUGUUGGGUCUUCGUAACAUACCUCAGAUGCCUGAAAAUUCCCUCGCUUAUAGCACAUUCAGUUGGCCUGGACUCAUCAAACAUUUAAGGCAGAUGCUCAUUGCUAAUGCUAAAAUGGAGGAAGGUAUUGAUUGGCAAGUACGACCCCCAUGUCUGGGCUCCUCCAUCCCCUCCAGGCAUUCCACAAAGAAGCCACUUCAUUUCAAUACUUCCGUUGCCAACCUGGUUAUCCUGCGAGGAAAAGAUACGCACAGUGUAGACUUAGGAAGUUUCCGAGAUCCCUCCUUAUAUACAUCAUGGCUAAAUCCCAAGGAUGCUUUUCAUUCCUGGAAAACACUAAGAGCAUUUAACAAAUAUGAAAAGUUGGCUUCUUUGGUCAGCAAUAGCCAGUUCCUGCUGAAACCUCUUGACAACGUUGUAGGAAAAGCUUGGAAUAUGUUUGCUUCCAAAGCCUAUAUUCACCAGUACACGAAAUUCGGAAUUGAAGAGGAAGAUUUCCUGGACAGCUUCACAGCUCUGGAACAAGUUAUCUCCAGUUACACCAGCCUUUGAUUAUACUUUUUAAUAGCCUGAACUAGAGCUUUCCUGAAAGAACCCAGCGCUGGAAAACCUUCCAUCAGCUUCCUGAAGUAUACGAAUUACUGGACUGUAGCUAUUUUUCAGUCUCGUAAGACGUGUGUGAAUGUUACAAUAGUAAGAACUGAAUAUAUUAGUGUGGGCAGGUAUUAUUCAUAUUUAAUAAAUAGCUGUUUUUCAAGACAUUUGCUAUGUACUGUAGCUGAGUCUUUGAACAUAAUUUUUGGCACUUGGGUACUUUUCAUAAAGAAUGUCUAUACAGAAUGCUUUUUCUCCAGGCUAAACUCUCAGCAUAUAAACUAUCAUGAACUAAUAUGCGAUAAAUGUGGGAUUGACUGCAGGAGUGAGAUGUUCCUGAUCCUCCAAUUUAAAUUUUUCAUGAUUACACUUUGCCCCAAGAACGCUUCACUAUUGAUAAAAAUGCACACUACCAGAAUUAUUAAUCCAAACUCCAUAUCAUUCAAGAUACAUCAGUGUGCCACCAGUUCCUAUAAGGCAAAGCAAGACUUAAAUUCUACUUUAAGGACCUUGACUUUCACAAAACAGCAGAAGUUUGGAACCAUCUUUUAAAAUAAGGUAUGAAAGGGUUCUUCAUUUUCCUGUCAUCCUCAGCUUAUGUUAGGGAUUAUAAUGAAUUAUAUGCUUUUCUGGCCGUUUUACUCUGCCAUGUUUUCUUUUCCCUAUAGCAUAUCAGAGGUCUUUGCUACUUGUUAUAGGCAAACCGUAGGUUUAAGCAGAACUACAAUUCCUGUAAUAAUUCUUCCUGUGAAGUUAGAAGCAGGAAGGUUUUUAAUUAUUUAUUUGAACAUAUCUGGGAGGAGAACUCUGGUAUAUUUAAGAUGUAAGAGCCUGUAAUAUAAUAAAAUAGAUUGCAUAAUUUCAGAAGUUAAGAAAUGGGCUCUUUUUUUUGCACAGAUUUUACCACGACCACAAGGUGGAGCCCCUGUGAAACUGCUGCCUGCAAACACUGAGCUGCACCAGCCUGGCAGGAGGAACAGACUAGGUGCUUAUAAACUAAAAGAGUAGAGUGGAAUUGAGGAUUCUGUUGUAACACUGAGCUUUCUUCUGCCUCUUUUAGUUCUCAAUGGUAGGAAGAGCUUUUGGAAUUCUUGCCAUUCCUCCCCCCAUGUCACACUGUUCUCCCUGUUAAUAGAAAUAAUCUCACUCACUAUUAAAUAGGUAUGCCAAAAAAUAAAAGUGAAAAAAUCA